AUGGAAUCAAUCUCUAUGAUGGGGAGUCCCAAGAACCUCAAUGAAACUUUUCUACCAAAUGUUGCCAAUGGCAUCAAGGAUGCCAGUAAGGUCACAAUAGGCAUCAUUGGAAGUGGAGACUUCGCUAAGUCAUUGACAAUCAGACUUAUCAGAUGUGGGUACCACGUGGUUGUAGGGAGCAGAAACCCUAAACACGCUGCUGACUUUUUUCCCCAUGUGGUUGAUGUCACUCACCAUGAAGAUGCAGUAGCUAAAACAAACAUCAUUUUUGUAGCCAUACAUAGAGAGCAUUACAUCUCUUUGUGGGAUCUCAAACAUUUACUUGCUGGUAAAAUUCUGAUUGAUGUCAGCAAUAAUACAAGAGUAGACCAAUAUCCAGACUCCAAUGCAGAGUAUUUGGCAUCACUUUUUCCUGAUUCCCUAAUUGUCAAAGGAUUCAAUGUCAUUUCAGCUUGGUCACUGCAGUUAGGACCAAAGGAUGCCAGCAGACAGGUCUAUAUAUGCAGUAACAAUGUUCAGGCUCGCCAUCAAGUUAUUGAGCUUGCCCGUCAGCUCGGUUUCAUUCCUAUUGAUUUGGGGGCAUUGUCAUCUUCAAGGGAGAUUGAAAACCUGCCUCUGCGACUGUUCACCCUGUGGAAGGGGCCUGUAGUGAUUGCCAUUAGUCUGGCAACAUUUUUCUUCAUCUAUUCUUUUGUCAGAGAUAUCAUCCAUCCGUACAUGAGAAAUCAGCAGAGUGACUUUUACAAGAUUCCCAUUGAGAUUGUGAACAAGACUCUGCCAAUUGUUGCUAUCACUUUGCUUUCUCUAGUAUACUUAUCAGGACUUAUUGCAGCUGCUUAUCAGCUUUACUAUGGCACGAAGUAUCGGCGAUUUCCUCCUUGGCUGGACAACUGGCUCCAGUGUCGAAAGCAGCUUGGACUGCUGAGUUUUUUCUUUGCAACAGUGCACGUGGUGUACAGCCUCUGCUUGCCUAUGAGGAGAUCAGAGCGGUACUUGUUCCUCAACAUGGCAUAUCAACAAGUUCAUGCAAAUGUUGAAAAUUCUUGGAAUGAGGAAGAAGUGUGGCGAAUUGAAAUGUAUAUCUCUUUUGGAAUAAUGAGUCUUGGAUUGCUUUCUUUGCUGGCAGUAACUUCCAUCCCUUCAGUAAACAGUGCCUUAAACUGGAGGGAGUUCAAUUUUAUUCAGUCUACACUUGGAUACAUUGCUCUGCUUAUAAGUACUUUCCAUGUACUGAUUUAUGGAUGGAAGAGAGCUUUUGAAGAAGAGUAUUACAGAUUUUAUACACCACCAAAUUUUGUUCUUGCCCUUGUUCUGCCUUGCAUUGUAAUUCUUGGCAAGAUUGUAUUACUUUUGCCAUGUGUAAGUAGGAAACUGAGGAGAAUUCGAAGAGGAUGGGAGAAAAGCCAUGUUAUAGAAGAAGUAAGCGGAUCUGUUCCUCAUCUCUCCCCAGAAAGGAUAACUGUAAUGUGAUGUUAUUUGUUAACACUGUUGUACAUGUUUGGGCUUUGGGGUUUUUGUCAUAAAUUUGCAUUUUUAGGAGUUUAGUUAAGUAGGAGUCUUUGUAAAGUCUCUUGCUUGACAUAUAGUACAAGCUGUUAACCAAACUAUGAGAAGUUUAUAUCUAGAAGACUACUACUUCUGAUAGCUAGAAAAAUAUUUUUGUUUUGGAUUACAGAGAGCAGAUGAUUAUGAAAUAAA